AUGGAGAAGAAGAUCAAAGCCGCGCAAUUGAAAAAGCGCCAAGCGCAUGCGUUAAUACAAAACCUGGAACAGUUUAAGGAUUCCUACACGGCUAGGGAUAGUGGCGAUAUUCCGGUAUGCUUGGAACAGUUGGAAUGCCACAAGGCGGAUUUUAUGGAUGCUAUCUCUAAGCUGGAAGAGUUAGAUGACCGUCCCGAAGCCAUCGACGGUUACAUACAGGAACGGUGCGAUAUGGAUUCGCGUUUCCGACGCUUAAAGGGUUUCUUUCUUCAGCAACAGCCUACGGAGGCUAACCCCCUUAAUGCUUCUCUUCUGUAUGCCAACGCGAGUGCCUUGUCGACCAGCCAUACUGGGUCGAUUAAUCUCCGCCUACCGAAAAUCGAAUUACCAACGUUCGACGGUGAUUCGACAAAAUGGUUGACGUUCCGGGACAGAUUCGUGGCUAUGAUUGAUUCUUCUGUGGACAUCCCGUCAAUUAUGAAGCUACAGUAUUUGCUGUCGUCACUGAAGGGUGAUGCCGGUUUGCUCUUCGAGCAUACCACUCUGACGGCAGAUAAUUACGCCGUCACUUGGAACUCCCUGCUGAAACGUUAUGACAACCCGCGAAUGCUGACCCGUGAAUAUUACAGGAAGAUUCACUAUCUUCCCGCUGUGCAGUCGGAGAACGUGGAUGAACUCGCGCAGCUAGUCGAUGAAUUCACGCGGCAUGUCAACGGAUUGAAGAAGCUGAACGAGCCGAUCGAGACAUGGGACACCCCGUUGACGAACAUGCUGUUCCUGAAGCUGGAUUCGAGCACCAUCCUUGCAUGGGAAAAAUUUUCUGCGCAUCAUGAAAAAGAUAAGUACAAACAAUUGAUAGAUUUCCUACAGGAUCGCGUCCGAAUCCUUCGGUCGACGAGGACAUAUGCGCAGGAAACGGAGUUGCAUUCGAGAAAAAUGACCGGCAGUGAACAGAAAAUGAGACUAAAGGCUGGGGUGAAUGCAGCAACGGCACGGAGGCCGCAACCCAAUCCAGCAACCGUACCAUCGUCGUCGUGUCCGUUAGGUUGUGCAGAAAUGCACAAUCUCCGGACCUGUCCGGAAUUUGCAAAGAAAGAACUGCAUCAGCGGCGACAAAUCAUCGUUAGUGAACGGUUGUGCUGGAAUUGUUUGAACAGAGGGCAUCAAGUAAAAUCCUGCAGCUCGAGCCAUCGAUGCAAUACAUGCAAUGCACGUCACCACAGCAUGUUGCAUGAUCAUCUACAUCCGAAAGCUAUAUUGAGUGUUCAUGCGGAUGUCGAUGCAGUAUGCCUCGAAACGGUCGUUCUCAACCUAGUAGAUGAUCAUGGAUUCAGAUACGAAGCUCGAGCAUUGUUGGACUCUGGGUCCAUGUGUAAUUUGAUUUCGGAUUCAUUGGCAAGGCGAAUGUUAUCAACGCAGUCAAAAGUUAACGUCACGGUGUCGGGUAUCGGGCAGGCAUCACAGCAGAUUAAGGGCUGCAUUGUAGCCACCGUAGAGUCGAAAUCGCAGCAAUUUUCGAGUCAGCUUGAGUUCCUCGUGCUGAAAAAUCCAGUAAUGGACAUUCCUACGGAACCGAUAGAUGUGACUGCGUGGAAAUUCCCAACAGACAAUCUAGCAGAUGAGGCAUUCAACAUCCCUGCCAAAAUCGAUGUUGUGAUAGGAAGUGAAGCAUAUUGGGAGAUGCACACCGGUAGGAAACUUUCAUUGGGAAAGGGCAAACCGUGGCUGGUUGAAACUCCCUUCGGUUGGGCAGUUGCUGGCAAUACCUCCCUUGUAUCGACAUCCAUUCAGCGGUCAUGUCACACAACGACCAUUCAAGCUACGCUUGAUGGGAUGCUACAACGGUUUUGGGAGACAGAGAGCAUCAUGGAGGGUCCAGCUAUGUCAUUGGAAGAGAACAUGUGUGAAAAACAUUACGUUGCCACUACUCAUCGUAAUGCACAAGGUCGGUACGUCGUUUCUCUACCUCAGAAUCUAAGUUCAUCCCGUGUGCUUGGACUAUCAAGGGCGAUCGCCGAUCGUCGACUGCUAGGUGUGGAACGUCGUUUGAAGAGCAAUCCUGAAAUGGAUAUUGAAUACAAACGGUUCAUGAGAGAGUACGAGGAGCUGGGGCAUAUGAGGAAACUUACAGAACCGGUGGAUGACAGCAUAACACAUUGUUACAUACCUCAUCAUGCAGUGCUGAAGGAAUCCAGCACAAGCACCAAAGUACGAGUCGUUUUUGAUGCAUCCUGCAAAACGACUUCUGGAUACUCCCUCAAUGAUACCCUGUUAGUUGGGCCAAUCGUUCAAGAGGAUCUCUUGUCGAUCAUCUUGCGAUUCCGGUCUCAUGCCAUAGCAAUCGUUGCGGAUGUAGAGAAAAUGUAUCGUCAGAUUCUCCACAGUGAUCAGGACCGGAAUCUUUUGCGUAUACGAUACAGAGAGAGCCAAGUAGAUCCCAUUGCAACGUAUGAGCUGACAACAGUCACGUACGGUACGGCGUCGGCUCCGUUUCUAGCCACUCGAACACUGCAGCAGAUUGCCCAUGACCAUAAGGACAAGUUCCCGAAGGCUGUAAAUCCCGUCCUGCAUGAUUUUUAUGUUGACGAUCUGCUUACCGGAGCGACCGAUAUAAACGAAGCCAUAGCAGUUCGGAAGCAAAUUUCAGCUAUGCUGAAUUCAGCUGGCUUCACUUUGAAGAAAUGGGCUUCUAACGUUCCGGAGUCACUACGAGACGUGCCGCAGGAGGAUCUUGCGAUUCAAUCCUCGCACGAGUGGAAGGAUGGACAAGCAGUCAGCACAUUAGGGGCAGUUCACAUCGAGUUGGUCAGUGAUUUGACAACAACAGCGUUCUUGGCAGCACUACGUCGAUUUGUUGCCCGCCGUGGCAAGUUGUGUGAGUUACACUCAGACAACGCGACAACGUUCAAGGGAGCUGCCAACGAACUACGUCGUCUCUACGAGAUGCUGAAGACCAACGAUGAGGACCGCAGGAGCAUAGUCGACUGGUGUGCCAACAAUGAAAUGGAUUGGAAGUUCAUACCUCCACGGGCACCUCAUUUUGGAGGACUUUGGGAAGCGGCGGUGAAGUCGGCUAAAAAGCAUAUGAUGAAGAUAAUUGGCACUACUAGCAUAACGCAGGAGAAUAUGCUCACCCUUCUUGCUCAGGUCGAGCAAUGUCUGAAUUCUCGCCCUCUAAUUCCGUUAUCGGACGAACCCUCAGACACUGAAGCACUAACUCCUGGUCAUUUUCUUGUAGGAAGCAAUAUGCAGGCUGUACCAGAGGUUGACAUGAGGCACAUUCCGAGUAACCGCCUAAAGGAAUACCAACUCGUGCAGAAGCAAGUCCAGCAAAUCUGGUCACGAUGGUAUCCGGAGUAUCUGCAGCAGCUUCAGGCUCGAGCUAAGCACUACAACAACGCGCCGGUUGAGCUGGAGAUCAAUCAGCUCGCGAUCAUAAAGGAGGACAAUCUCCACCCGACCGUGUGGCCGCUGGGACGCAUUACAGCGCUACACCCUGGCAAGGACGGAGUCACACGCGUAGUUACGUUGCGCACAGCCGGGGGAAAAGCAAUAACACGAGCCGCGAAUAGGUUAGCUCUAUUACCACGACCGAUUGAUCCGAUAGAACGUGUGAGCACAGAGUAA